AUGCAGCCUGCUUCCGCAAAGUGGUACGAUAGAAGGGACUAUGUCUUUAUUGAAUUUUGUGUUGAAGACAGUAAAGAUGCUAAUGUAAAUUUUGAAAAGUCCAAACUUACUUACAGUUGUCUUGGAGGAAGUGAUAAUUUUAAACAUUUAAAUGAAAUUGACCUUUUUCAGUAUAUCGAUCCAAAUGACUCCAAGCAUAAAAGAACAGACAGAUCGAUCUUACGUUGUUUACGGAAAGGAGACUCGGGACAGUCAUGGCCAAGGUUAACAAAAGAAAGGGUAAAGCUCAACUGGCUUAGUGUGGACUUCAAUAAUUGGAAACAUUGGGAAGAUGAUUCUGAUGAAGACAUGUCCGAUUUUGAUUGCUUCUCUGAGAUGAUGAACAACAUGAUAGAUGAUGAAGAUGUGGAUUUACCAGAAGUAGGUGGAGCAGAUGAUGAUUCACCAGACAGUGAUGAUGAAAAGAUGCCAGAUCUGGAGUAAAGAGGAAAAUGUUGUCUUCAGGGUUUCGGGAAAGAAAGAUAAAUUCAUUGCAAAAUUUUCAUAAUUGAGAUAAUUCCUGCGUUGGUAGCUCUAAAG